CGGGGUUUGAAAGUGGGCCGUUGUAACGGCCGAGCCCAACGGUUCGCCCGAUUCAAAUCGCUGCAAUGGAGCCGCCGGCGCCAAAAAGGUUUCUGAGGAACACAACUAUCACAUUAUAGCAGAACUACCUCUACUUGGCCUCUGAGCCUCCAUGGUCUUCUGGGUGAAGAAAUUUCUUCUCAUAUCUGUUCUGAAAAGCUGAUUGUGACCAGCCAGUAGAAACAUCAACUCUGCAUUUGUCCUCAAGUUGAAAAAACUGAGUGAAGACAGCCUCACAAAACAGCCGGAAGAAGUUUUUGAUGUAUUGGAAAAGCUUGGUGAAGGAUCUUAUGGUAGUGUUUUUAAAGCAAUCCAUAAAGAAUCUGGACAAGUUGUUGCCAUAAAGCAAGUGCCAGUGGAGUCUGACCUACAGGAAAUUAUUAAGGAAAUUUCAAUAAUGCAACAAUGUGAUAGUGCUUAUGUAGUGAAUUACUAUGGCAGCUAUUUUAAAAAUACGGAUCUCUGGAUAGUUAUGGAAUAUUGUGGGGCUGGUUCUGUGUCUGAUAUUAUCCGACUACGAAACAAAACACUAAUAGAAGAUGAAAUAGCAACAAUUCUUAAAUCCACCUUGAAAGGUUUGGAAUAUCUGCACUUCAUGAGAAAAAUCCACCGAGAUAUCAAAGCUGGAAAUAUCCUACUGAACACUGAGGGCCAUGCCAAGCUUGCAGAUUUUGGUGUUGCAGGUCAGCUGACAGACACGAUGGCUAAACGCAACACUGUGAUAGGAACACCAUUUUGGAUGGCACCAGAAGUGAUCCAAGAAAUUGGCUACAAUUGUGUUGCAGACAUCUGGUCUUUGGGAAUCACCGCAAUUGAAAUGGCUGAAGGCAAACCACCCUACGCAGACAUCCAUCCAAUGAGGGCUAUUUUUAUGAUUCCCACCAACCCACCACCAACAUUCCGGAAGCCAGAGCUUUGGUCAGAUGAGUUCACGGAUUUUGUAAAGAAGUGUCUGGUGAAGAAUCCAGAGCAAAGAACAACUGCCACACAACUAUUACAGCACCCUUUCAUUAAAAAUGCUAAAUCUGUGUCAAUUCUGAGAGAUUUAAUCAGUGAAGCAAUGGAAAUCAAAGCAAAAAGACAUCAGGAGCAGCAAAGAGAACUUGAAGAUGAUGAUGAAAAUUCAGAUGAAGAUGAGGUGGAUUCCUACACCAUGGUGAAGACUAGCCAUGCAGCCACAAGUACAAUGAGGGCAACCAGUACCAUGAGUGAGGGUGCCCAAACCAUGAUUGAACACAACAGUACCAUGUUGGAAUCAGACUUGGGGACCAUGGUAAUUAACAGUGAUGAAGAGGAUGGAACCAUGAAAAGGAAUGAUGCUUCAGAACAAUUGCAAAGACCAGCAUUUAUGGAUUAUUUUGACAAGCAGGAGAAAAGUACUAAGCCUCUUGGAAAUUGUAACCAGAAUCUGCAGGAGCCUUUCCACAAAUCAAGAAAUCCUUUCCCUGAUAAUUGGAAGGUUCCACAAGAUGGGGACUUUGAUUUUCUGAAAAAUCUGAGCUUUGAAGAACUACAGAUGAGAUUGAGUGCACUAGAUCCAAUGAUGGAGCGAGAAAUUGAAGAUUUGCGCCAAAGAUAUCAGGCUAAACGACAGCCCAUUCUAGAUGCCAUGGAUGCAAAGAAACGAAGACAGCAGAACUUCUAGUUGAACUUAUUAUCCAACCAAACCUACCCAAACUAUCCCGGGCAGUAUGUCUUUAUCCAUAAAAUGUAGAGUUAGAACGUUUAAAGCAAAAAUAAUUAAACACUGGUGGAAUAACAUUAAUUAUAAUCUGCAAUCUUUCCUACAGGCAAUGAAGCAAACAGUUUUAACAGCAACGCAUUGUUUAUUUCUUGGCACUCUUUGUUUCACCCCAGCUUCAAACGAUGUAAUGAAACUAUAAUUCAGUUUGAAACAUGCUGUGUUCAGUGAGACAACAAUGACAAACUGGAGUGCCUUUAAUGUAGUGAAACAUCCAAGAUGCUUUGGGAAAAUGUUAUCCCACAGAAUCUGACACUGAGAACAUAAGGAGAUCUUAGGGCAGAUGACCAAAACCUUGGGGAAGAAGUAGGUUUUAAGGAAUGUCUUAGAGGCAGUCAGUGAGGCUGGCAGGUUUAAGGAAGGAAUUCCAGAGCUUAGGGCAGCUGAAGGCACAGCCGCCAAUGGUGGCGUGAUUAAACUUUGAAAUGUCCGUGAGUCCAUAUUGGAGAAACACACACCAUUCUGACCAGAAAAUAUAUCAGCAUUCCUUCACUGUAUCUGGGUAUAAGUUCUGAUACUCAUUAGCCAAUAACACAGAAAAGGAAUACUUCACCAGAAGGCCUGAAGCCUUUCAAACAGGCACCUUACCACCUCCACCUCAAGGGCCAUUAGGGAUGGGGAAUGAAUGCUGACCUUGCCCACGUACUGUAAGUUCAUUUAACAAUGCUUUGGCUUCUCAAAUCAACCCCUCCCCAAUGUCUGUCAGGUUUCACUCUACAAUCAUCAUUGACAUGUAAAAGCCAGCCAGCUAGUAUUAUAGUUUCCUGAGGCAACUGCCACCUUGUUAUUUGCCUUCCAUACUGCCAGUGGUAACUCUGAAGUGUCCAAAUGUAGAUGUAGCAUUAUUCAAGAAUUGCAAUACAACUUUAAAGCUUCUGACUCUAGGCAUCUGGGAAAAUGUAGACCACUUCCUAUAUCCUGGGAAUCACCUCUCAGCAAAGGCAGACAUCAGUGAUUAAAUUCACCAUUGAUUUCAAUGCACCAGCGUAGCCUUCAGCAGACUGAGGAAAAGGGUGUUUAAAGAUCCAGACCUCAAACCUGCCACAAAAUCAUGGUCUCCUGGGCAGCAAUGAUCAUGACAUAAGGGCCUCAAGUCACUGAUACAUGCGCCACAUUCCUGAGCCAUGCAGGUAGAGAUCGCCAUGUCAUGGUGGCAUCUAUUGUAUGUGCUUAAGGAGGCAAUGCUUUUCCUCCAGCAGCCCAGAGGCAAAUCUUCCUUUAGAAAGGGCCCUUAAAAUGACUUAUACCACUUUGCUUGUAUAAGCAUAGACGGUCAGGGCUGCUGCUGGCAUUAGACUAGUGGUAAAAUAAACACAUUGUGCCCACUUUUGCUCAAUAAUCCUGCCAGCUCUCCUAUAUGUUACGGUGUGAACAGCUGAUGCAUUGGCAAACUCAUUGUUGGAAGUUGCUUUUGGACACAAAUUCUUCAACACUAACUAAUUUACAGAAAGUGAUAUUUCUUCUAGAAUGACCACUGAUUUUAUACAGGAUUAAACUGAAUGCUUCAUUGCCCAUGAAGGUGUUCAGUGACCAAAUUCCUAGAAUGCACAUAACCAUGGUAAAGAUUGUAGUUAAUUUAUUUUAAUGUGAAUACUGAUUUUAUUGAUGCGUACAAGGAUUUAAUGGUAUCAGCAGGGCGUUAGUUUUAUUUUUGCUUCUAGUCUACCAUAAUGUCAACAGUAAGUGUGUUAUUUCUUAACUUAUUAAUCUCAUGUUCAACUAAGUGAGUCUUGUUACAAUACCCGCAGGCUGUACGUAAGUUCACGAGAGAAGCUCCCAAUGAUGUAAAUGCCCUGAAGAAACCCAGUGUUUAUCCUGUUUCAGCAAAACUCUGCCAAUUUUUCUCGCUGAGUACUUUCAUAAAUAUUGAUGCCCUAAUGGUUAGUGGUGACGUUUGUAAAUGAGAUUCUGCAAGGCUUUCUUGUUACCCUAAACUUCCUUACACGUACAAAAUUUGAUUGCAUCCCUGCCCCACUUGAGAGCUGGGCCUUGUCCAACUAAGCUCAUUUAUAACUGCUGUAAGUUAAAAGAGUGUAGAAGUUAUUGUGCAUCGAUGUUUAAUUUUUUUUAUGUUAUUCAUUAACACAGGCCAGAUUCCACUCCCAAUGCAAAGCCCCACUAGCUAGGGGCAGGGCUGGAUCAUGUAAUACCUUAAGUCAAUUCUGUCAUUUGUUAUUUUUUCCAGCGUAGCUUGAUGGAUUUUUCAUAAUAUUGGAAAUGAAACAAUGACUCCCGAGGUGCAGUACUCAGCAAGGCAUAUGCUGCAUCUUCUGUUUAGUCGUACAAAACCCAAAGCAUAAUCUUGCUAAAGGAGAAAUUUAAAUGACACUGGUAGCUAACCAGGGUGACAUUCAUUUGUCAGUUGCCAAUUUAGAUUAAUUUUGGAAUAUCUUUAGAAAUUAGCUAAUUCACUCUUUAUACUGAGUUGACAAUAGAAUCUGUGGUGCUUAAAAUGUUUUACCCUUACAAGUGAACUUUCAUGCGUUAGCUUGUUCAAUCAAGACACGGAUGAUGAGCAAUUAGUUGGAAGGCUCUGUACAGAAACAAGAUGUCUCAACUGACCCAAUUAGUCCAAUCUCAGUUCUUUUUUAAAACAAGAAGGAGGCCAUUCAGCCCAUCGGGUCCAUCCUAGCUCCCAGCAGAGCAAUUCCAUCAGUUAUAUUCUCCCUUUCCAUACUUAACUGUCGUCCUGCAACUUGCUCUCUCUCAUGUGUCCAUCAACUCCACUUUGAUUCUUUUGCCGCUUACCUGCACUAAGGGGUAAUUCAUACCAGUUAACCCAGCCUUGGGAUGCGGGAGGAAACCACAGGGCUGGGGGAAUCCCAUUCAGUCAUGGGGAGACCAUGCAAACUCCACACAGGCAGUACUGAAGGUCAGGACUGAAGGAGCUGUGAGGCAGCACACCAAGUGCUGCACCAUCAUACACUGUGAGGCAGUAGCACUAACGGCUGCAUUCUGCCGUACCACGGUACUGUCUCCUGGUUACUUUCUCUGAUCAUACUUCCACUUCUCCCAUUACAUUUAGCUUCUGACAGUGUAUUCAAAUGUGCUUUCAGCUAAAACUGGAGUUAAAACCUCUCAUAUAAGCUAGGUGGUGUGUCAUGACUGAAAAAGGCUACACAAGUUUCUUGGGAUUGGUGUGGACAAUGCUAAAUUGACUACCAAAAAUGGGUGCUUCUGUUUGUGCUUACAGUAAGAAAAAGUGGAAUGUGUAUAUACUGAAUUAUAUGUAAUUUAUUACUCUAGUAAUUAAAAGUAGAUUACGGUUUAAACUUUUAAAUCUCUAAGCAUCUAGAAACUUAAAUAAUGACUGGAUUCCAAGAAUCACAGCAAGUUGCCAAAUUGGAAUAGUUUCAGUGCCUUUUAAAUAUAUUCACUUGAUUAAUGUGAACAUUUCAAGUUAGAAUGAGUUGAUAAAGUGCGAUGCUGCUCAGAAUUCUUUCUCUUGUAAUAGGACAUGCACUGAACAAUUAUGAAUUCAUUCUCUAUUUCCUUAGGUGCAUACUCAGCAGGCGAAGCCACUCUGGAACAUGUAAUCAUUCACUCAACCCAGUGUGGAUUAUAAGCAAGUUAAGGUUUAGCUCCCAUAAAGUCCUGUCUGUUUUAUUUAAGUGGCACUGUGUACCAGAAGACAUUAUUAGCAAUAAGAGGUGACACUCCCACUAGUGUUCCAGUAGAGUGGUCUCACCGUGUGUUAAAUUUGGAGAUUUGAAAGAUUUUGCUCCACAUAAACCUUUGAAGAUCAUUAUCAAGCAUUGUUUGCAUCCAAAAUAAUAUUUUCUUCAAAACUAAGGUUAAGUAGGGUUAUGCCCAUGUGUUCUGUUUUGUUUUAUAUUUUUUAAGGAUAUGCCUUUAGCUUUUUCAAAAAAAUGUUUUGGAAAUGUGUUGCUUUCUUUAAAAACACCGAUAAUGAAGAUCACAUGGAUUUGUGAGGCUUUUAACUAUAAUUAGUAUCAUGGUGGGACCUUUAGGGUUAGGGAGGCAGUAAUCAUGAGCAAUUGACUGAUCAACAUUGUAUAUUGCAGAGCAUUUAACAGUUGGCUGAAGCAGAGAUUCUUUGCUUUAAAGGGGCGUUGACUCAAUGCAUGUAGCAAACAAGAAUGGUAGGAAAUGAUAAUGAAGAGGUUGUGUAGAACAUAACCACCACUUGGGCUGAUUGGCCCAUUUUUGUGCUCUAAGUUCAGUGUAAUUACCUUCUCCUUUAUAAAACUGGUACCAAUUCUCAAUGAAGUGUUAAUGAUAGUUGUACAUUGAAGACUAGUCUAAAAUAGCCCGAUUCUCGAUAAAUCCUUGAGUAAACAUUAAAUUAUUAAUAAGCAGAGCAAACUGCAUUUAUAAAGCACUGUCCACUUGGUAAAACUUCCCAAAGAAGCUUCAUAAGAGCAUAACUAAACAGGAGUUGUGCUGGCAAUGAAACAGGAGUUGUGCUGGCAGCAGCAUAACUUCUGUCCACACGCAUACCUUCUCUCCUUCAGGGUUAUCUGUUCUGAUUUCCUCAGACUUAAAACAGCUGGAGUCUAAACCAUAAUGGAAGGUAACUUGCAUUCCAAAUACACACAUCUGACAGCAUCUCAAAUGAAUGCAGACAUUUAGAGGUCCAUGUGGGGAAAAUAUCACUAGUCCCAACAUCUGCAGAUUUAGAGUUAAUUUCUCCCAGUGAUGGUGUGUUUCUCUCAGUGCUCGAGAAUUUUAUAACCCAACUCACUAUAAACAAAUUAUAGCCUUUUGUCACCACUCUUCAGCAACUCCUACUGACUUGAAUUGGUGAGUGUAUUUAUCAGUGAUGUUGUCAAUCUUUCUUUGACUUUAAGUGUUGGAUUAUUUAAAAUUUUAAUCUUUGGGUAUAGCUGGUUGUUGUCAACAAGAAAAUCUAUAUAUUUUGAGUUUAAAAUGUUCAUUUUCUUACCAUUGAACACUAACUUAUUUUAAGAUGUGCCUUCUGCUAUAUCCCACAAUAAAGAAAGUCAAUAUCUAUA